UUCUCCAAUUUAAUCCAAACCCACAAAAACUUUGAGCUUCGUUUCAAAUUGGUCGCUUUAAUUUUUACACGAAACCAUGUCUGCUUUUCUGAAAUUACUGCUUUUGAUCUCUCUGUUCCAUUUUGGCUCGGCAGCUCGGAGCCUUUCUGAGACUUCUUCUGACCAAACCCAGCAACCCUCUUUGCAAUUUCAGUACCACAAUGGCCCUCUCCUCUCUGGCAAAUUCUCCAUCAACUUGAUCUGGUACGGCAACUUCAAACCCUCCCAGCGUGCAAUCGUCUCUGAUUUCAUCACCUCCCUUGCUUCUCCUCCCCAAUCCAAACCCGCCUCAGGCCAACCAUCUGUUGCCACGUGGUUGAAGUCCAUAGAGAAAUACUACCACCUCUUGAGUUCCAAGAAACAAUAUUCUCUCUCCCUCUCUUUGGGCACCCAAACCUUGGAUGACAAGUACUCUUUGGGAAAAUCCCUCACUGCUCGUCAAAUCCAGCAAUUGGCCUCAAAGGGUGCCCAGAAUUAUGCAAUCAACGUUGUUUUGACCUCAUCCGAUGUUUUGGUUGAUGGGUUUUGCAUGAGCAAAUGUGGAAGCCAUAGCUCUUCCUCUAGCUCCAGCCACAUUAGGGGCAAAACCCAGAAGUUUACUUACAUUUGGGUGGGAAACUCAGAGACCCAAUGCCCUGGCCAAUGUGCCUGGCCAUUCCAUCAGCCCAUUUAUGGGCCCCAGGGCCCUCCACUGGUGGCCCCCAACAACGAUGUGGGGCUAGACGGCAUGGUCAUCAACCUGGCUAGCCUUUUGGCUGGGACUGUGACCAAUCCAUUUGGAAAUGGCUACUACCAAGGUCCCAAAGAGGCUCCAUUGGAGGCUGCUUCUGCUUGCCCUGGGGUUUAUGGGAAAGGCGCUUAUCCCGGCUAUGCUGGAAACCUCUUGGUGGACCCCACAACCGGUGCUAGCUACAAUGCUCAUGGUUCUAAUGGGAAGAAGUUCUUGCUUCCUGCUCUGUUUGACCCUUCAACCUCAACUUGUUCUACUCUGGUUUGAGAUAUGAGAGUGCUGAAAAGUUCUUAGAGGACAUACAAUGGUUUAUGUGACAUUUGGAAAUAUUAGGAGUACACAUUAUGUAGAGAAGUAUAAUUGUUAGGGGGAUGAACUUUGUAACAUACAUAUAUUUGUUAUUCUUUUUGUAUCACAUUUCCAAUAAUGAAAAUCUACUAUUUUGUUUCC